AUGCAGUCCGCACGUACAGGCACAUUCCCAAACGAAUGUGAGACCAUGAUCAAUCAACUAAUCAGUCUGUUUUGGUCUGGGGAACAGACUUACAUGAACAUGUCUGCCGCCAGUGCCUCGGAUGAGAUAUCCAUGCUUGGAUUUUCCGAGUAUUUCCGUCUCUGUUGUCUGCGGAUGCGAACGAUUGCGGACAAAUUGUGCCAAUUCCAAACAACUCGUGGAGGUCAUCUGAUCCUCGGUGAGGUUCGCAGUAUGAUCCAAAUGUCCAAUUGGAAUGAAUGCACUGUGGACAAGUUAAUCCAUUUGGCACUGGAUAUGGAGAAACAGUUCGAACAACGACUGAACGAGUUAUGCGUGCUGGCCAAACAGAAAAACGAUUCGGUCACGGCGGAAUUUGUGGAGAGCACGCUGCUUCGUGAUCAGGUCCAUGUGCUCAAAAUUACAGUGAAUCACGUGAACGGUUUGAAAGUGUGCGAAAAUGCCUGGAUCUAUGACACACUGACCAUGAAACCGUUUGUGCGUCAGAUUUGCGAGAUGUUGGGCAGUGGUUUGACUGGAGUUGGACAAACCUGUAUUCCGGAAAUGUGUGUCUCGACGACAUCUGCCACCGGGGUCGGUCGAAAUCCGUGCAGCUCCGGGAGUGAAACAUGCUCCGAAUAUUUGCAAUCGUUUGUGAAUUCUUUGCGUUACUAA